AAAAGAGCUACGUUCUGAACCACUUGGUAAAGAUAAGUUUGGAAACAGUUAUUGGUGUAUUAUGGACAGACAUUAUUGCAUAAUUAUUUUUAAAGAAAACUUGGAUGAUGCCUCAUGGAUACUGAUAGCCAGUGCUAUAAUAUUUGGACUAUUGACACUGGCUCUAGGAUAUUCCAUAUCGAAAACCAAGCAAAAACAAAAUGACGAGGCACAAUUACCACCUAAUGGCGCGCUACCGAAACUUGUAUUAGAGGAACUGGAUGACACAAAAAUUACCAUGGGAAAAUUCAAUAUUAGGGUGAGUCUAGACUUAAAGCGGAUUGAUACAGAAAGAUACAGUAUAGGAAAUCUACUCAAAGAAUACACGAGUGUAUGCGAAACAUUAACAAAAACACUGAACGAAAGCGCAUGUGAAGCUAUAAAAAUAAUGUUAGGUGUAGAGAAUGACAAACUGCAAAAAAAAGGUGAUUUGAUAAGAACGUUAUAUUCUCUGAGGAAGCGACGAAGCAUAUGGAGUGCAAUAGGGCUCAUGGACUCAGAUGACAGGUCGAGACUCGACAUAGACAUGGAUAAACUACGAGGUAAUGAGGAAAGGCUUAAAGGAACCGUCUAUGAACAGACUGGAAGUAUUAGUGCAAUAUACGACCUGGUAAAUAGGUCAUUAAUCAAUAUAGAUAAAAAAAACAAUAGAAAUGUACGACCAAAGCGAAUUCUUAAAACAAGAUAUUAGGAAUCAUAUUAAUUUCACAGAUGUUGUGAAGGAGGCAUUACUUACAGAAACGAAAUUAAAUAGUAUGGGGACAAUUAUCCAAAAUAGGAUUAGAAUAACACAACGGAAGCAAGAAAUGCUUCUAAAAAUCUUGAUAGAAGAAUCUAGUACGCUGGACAUUAUUGCCGAGGUAAUCGAACUGGACAACCUACUAUCGAAGAUGAAACAAUACGAAAAGUCACUACCAGAAGCAGUGGAAUUUUUGCGCACACGAGAUGGAUAUUUAUCUCCGCAAGUGCUCCAGUUGUUCGACAUAUCACAUGAAAUAGACAGUCGACACAUGUUACAUUUAAAUGUAAAAAUACCACUAAUUAAAAAAAACGCCCUACAAAGCAUACAAAGGCAGCGUUACGCCAGAGUUAAAAGGUAAUCUAGUGACGUUUAUACAUUUAGAGAAAGACAUAAUAAUUAAGCAGAAAGAUAAAGAAUGGGGGUUCAUAACAGACAUUGGAACGUAUAAUAAAUGUUUCGCGAUACAAGGAAUGAAAAUUUGUUCAUUAGAAGAAAUCGAGAUAAACCUAGCGGAAAGUGACGAAUGUAUAACUAAAAUAUUAUAUAAAAGCCUAAGAGGCUCAUGCGAAGCAAGAACUAUGAAACUGAAUCACACAAUGUGGUUCGAAUCAGCGCAUACAAAUGAAUGGAUAUAUAGUGCUCCAACGAAAGAGAAGAUAACCAUAAUUAACAACGAUGUUACCACAACUAAGGAAAUAAUUGGAAUUGGCGCGAUCAAACUAAACCAAGGAAUGACCUUGGUAACCGACGAAGUAAAAAUAGGAAAUUCGCAAGGACGAAAUAGAAACAAGACAAUAUAUCUCGAAAAUAUAACAGAUGUCACACCGGAAAGCCUGAUUAAUUGGAAGCACAAGAUUAUUCCUGUAAUAAAUAAGGAUAAUAAGAUUUUCACAUUUAUUGAUAAUAAACGCCUUUUCGACCUGGGUAUUGACGUUAAAAGAAUAAUAGAACACCGAACACUGUUAGAAAAUGUAAUAUAUGCGCCCCUGGAACAGCCAUGGAUUACGAUGAGUACAGUAAUUAUCAUAUGUGGUAUAGUAACGACGAUAUGUGCGUUCUGCCACAAAGGAAAGUUUUCAUGUUGUACUAAAACCAAAAUAGUGCAUAACGGAAAUAGUGGAUCAUCAAAUGACAUGACCCACACAAACAAGAAAAAUGUAAAAGAAGAACAAACUCAAGAAACUAUAAAUAUUCCUUGUAUCACUAACACUGAAAGAAACACUGUCGAAACAAUGGUAGUAGGAACGGUCACAGCAGAAACACAUGCACACGAAAUUGAUGGUCAAUCGAAUAAAGACGCGAAUAUACUAGAAAACCCAGACACGCAACCCUCAAAACCGAAAACUAAAAACAAAAGCACUCGAAAUAUCGUAGUGAUCUGAAUAUUCUUUGUUUAUCCUUAUGGGCUGUCAGCAUAUGUGCGAGAAUGAUUGAAGCAAGAGGUAUAGAGGAAUGACUGGACAAGGGAAGCGCGCCCCAGAAUGAAUGAAGAAGAAUGUCUAAAUAAGCUCCACAAAAAUCUAUAUAUAUUAGACAGAUAACUAACAGACAAAUCCAAGUAUA